UUUUUUGGGGGGGGGGAUCCCUCCCCUCGGACACCCCCGAGGAGGAGGGGAUGGGCUGCAAAUGCAGCAAACCCCUCUGCUGCAGACCCAGGAGGAAGAGGCGACAGAAAGCCAAGCAGCAGCCCAAACCGGAGACCCAGGAGCUAGACUCCUUGCAGGCAGACUCAGGACAAACCGUACUUCUUUGCAAGGAGACAGCCGAACUUCUGGAGAAGCAGCAAAGGGAGAUUUCCAGGAUCCUCCAACAGCAUGAAGAGGAAAAGGAGAGGCUGGAGGCACACCAUCGAACGGACAAGGAAAAACAGGCCCAGGAGAUUAGAGUCCAGGUGACCCAGGAAAGGGAGUUAGAGCUUCAAGAGAAGCUUGCCGAACAGUUCCGAGCUUUGACGGAGGCACAUGAUGGGAAGCUACGAGAGCUCCAUUUGUCAAAUGAGCGAGAGAAGGCGGCCCUGACGGAGUCCUUUCAAGCAGCACAGUCAUCCCUGAAGGACACCAUAGAUGCGUUGAACUCCCAGUUGGAGCCCUUCCAAACAAAGAUGAAACGAGUAGAGGAGUCGAUCCUGAGUCGAGAUUACAAGAAGCACAUCCAGGACUAUGGCAGCCCCAGCCAGUUCUGGGAGCAGGAGCUGGAGAGUUUGCACUUUGUCAUUGAGAUGAAGAAUGAACGCAUCCAUGAGCAGGACCGGAAGCUGAUGAACUUGGAAACUGUGAAAGAGAAAAACCUGUUCUUGGAGGAAAAAAUUAAGACCCUGCAACAGGAGAACGAGGACCUUCGAGUUCGGGGACAGAACCACCUGCUGGUGUCAAGGCAGCUCUCUGACGAGCUCCUUCUGGUCCAGGAGGCUUUGGAAAAGGAAUCCCGGUCAAGACAACAGAUCCGUCAGGAGAAAGAAGAACUUCUUUAUCAACUUCUGAACAACUCCCCUCAAGCCUUCCCGCUGUCCUCUGUCACCCCUACGGAAGUCUCCUUUCUUCCCACAUAGGACUCCGGACCAGAGGGGUGGGAUCUGGGGGAAUGGAGAGGGGCAGGGGAGGACCAAGGGAGGCCCUGGUCUCCACUCCCAACUUGCCUCAGUCCACCCCUCCCUCCUCUUGCCACGGAGUCUCAUUGCUGCUGCUGCUGAGGAGCUCCCUUGGCUUUCAAGGGAAUCUCCCCACUAAGACUGAGCUAGUUUCUGCUUUCCUGGGGCACGUCCGUUUCCUCGGAUCUCCUUCACAUUCCCAGUUCCUGGUGUGGAGAGUGGGGGAUGGGGAGCCAGGUGUGCGUAUGUUGUGGGGGGAUGGAAAGACAUAUGGCUGGGAGAAGGAGGGAUCAGAUCCAUCCUGAAAUACGAAAAUGGGCCUGUUCCUUUCCUCGGGUGAGGCCAAUAAAGACAGAGUCAAGGGGAACUGUGGACAUUUCUUCAAGCGGGGGUCAG